AGGCAGUCGCUGGCUGCAAAACCGCGCGUAUUGCCGUCUGUGGCAUUAUCAAAGCCGCACGGCACUUUAUUCCUUUGCCGAACAAACCGCGGAAUGCGCGCGCCUCGAUUUAAAUAUUUUAAAAGUUUCAAACGUCAAAAUUGCGCGCCUUUAACUGCGUGAAAAUGAAUUUUAGGAUUUCUUAUUUUUAUACCGUUUAGAAAAAUGUGACAAUUUUUAAUUAACCUAUUUUAAUAAGUGAUUUAAUGUAAAUAUGGUAGUGUAUUGGAGAAAAGUGUUUCUGGCAGCGGCGUUAUUUUCGAUUCUGGAUGUCAAAAGUGAGAAGUUUGGAAAUAAUGAACACUCCAACCAGUUGUUGGAUUAUCUGACAGAGUCGGAAAAGGUGUUCCUUUUCGGCGCCGACCACAAUGAAGCACAAUUUGAAAUAGCACAUCUUAAACAGCCAAAGCGUCGCAAACGCUCAUUGCUUCACGAAGAUCAAGAGCUGCUGUCAUUGAAAAAUCAUUUAAAUCUAAAGCUAAACCCUAGAAACAGUUUCCUAGAUCCCCAGUUCCUACUGAUGAGAAGAUGGUCGAAUGACACUGAAGCGGUGUUAGAUCAACAUUCUGAUGAAGAGUUGGAUUCGUGUUAUUUUCGUAGUGAAAACGCUGCAUUGUACGCUUGUGAUGAUGUGAGAGGUUUAGUCAAAAGUGACGAUAGUUACUAUUUUAUUCACCCGUUACCAGAAAGGUUUCACAUCGACGACGCAAAAACUCACGUUAUAGUUAAAAGACAAAUUAAUGAUUUAAAACAAGAUAAUGAAGAGUCGUGUGUAGAAAGAGAUAUCCAAACAAUUGUAACACCAGAAACAGUGAAAAUAUGGACUAAACAUAGAAGAAAAAGAGACGUCGAGACUGGUCCAAAGAACAAAGAUAGCUUAGAAGGAUUCAAAUUGAAUCUAGCUCAUAGAAACAAGACUAUAGGUACAUUUGUCAAGAAAUUAGUAAAAGAAACACAAAGACAGAAAAGAGCUAUUUUACCGGCAGUUUUUGUCGAGACAGCUGUAUUUGUAGAUAGAGAUUUAUACAAGCAUAUGACAAUAAAUUUCCCAAAAGAUACUGAAAGGGAAUUAGUCAGAUUUAUUCUAGCGAUGAUUAAUGCAGUACAGUUGUUAUAUCAUGACCAUUCUUUGGGUAGACCAGUGAAUUUUAUUUUAAAAAGACUUGAAAUACUUCAUGAGGAUCCAGUUAAUUUAAAGAGACCUCAUGAUAUAGAUAGGUUUUUAAGUAAUUUUUGUACGUGGCAAAGAUUGGAGAAUCCACCUGGUGACAAUGAUCCAUUGCAUUGGGACCAUGCUUUGAUUCUAACAGGAUUAGAUUUGUACGUAGUCAAUAAGAACGGAAAAGUUAGCAGUCAAGUGGUGGGUCUGGCGCCAGUUGCUGGCAUGUGCACAGUCACAAGUAGCUGCACAGUCAAUGAAGGAAGACACUUUGAGAGUGUCUAUGUGGUAGCUCACGAAAUUGGACAUAACUUAGGGAUGCGACACGAUGGCCCCCUAGCGGACAACGGCUGCGACCCAAGCGCUUACAUCAUGAGCCCGACCCUCGGCAGCGGCAAGAUCACGUGGUCCCAAUGCAGCAGCAACUACCUACAGAAGUUUCUAGACACUGUCCAAUCCCGCUGUCUCCUGGACCACGGCAACUCAGCGGGACAACUAGACCACAGUGCAGAAGGGAUUCUACCAGGAGAGAGGUUCGAUGCGGACCAACAAUGCAUGCUCAAAUACGGCCGUGGAAGCCGACAUUCAACUGCUCAAAAUCUAGAAGAUAUCUGCAGGGAUCUACACUGCCAAAGGGAAAGGUAUACUUGGACAUCGCAUCCUGCGUUGGAAGGCACUAGAUGUGGCGUGGAUAUGUACUGUCGCGGCGGCGAAUGCGUAGACCGCGAAGGCUCGACAGUUCCGAGGGGCUCGUGGGGCCGCUGGUCCGAGUGGUCGGAGUGCGCGUCCGCGUGUCUGCUGGGCGCCGGCCGCGCGCCGGCCGCCAGCGGCGUCGCUGUGGCCAGCAGGAAGUGUAACAGACCCAGACACGAAAGCAGCAGCAAGUACUGCACGGGACACGACAAGAAAUAUCAAACUUGCAACGCUCACCAGUGUAACAAUGUACCGCGGAUGACAGUGAGAGAAUUCGCUGACCAAAUCUGUUACCGAGCUCGUGACGUCGACCCAGACCUGAUUGGCACCGGACUGCAGAGAAUAGAUUCUGAUGACGUGAGCAGCGCGUGCGCGGUGUGGUGCGACACGCGCGGGGGCGGGUACAAGUCGCGCGGCUGGGCGCUGCCCGACGGCACGCUCUGUGCGGCGCACGCGCGCAUGUACUGCAUCGCCGGCGUCUGCCAGAAAUUCACGUGUUCAUCGAGUGCUGACACGGAAUUUUCACUGAAACCGGGUGAAUGCGAAUGGGAAGCUCUCCAGCUGCAGACGGCCGCCUCACAAGCCACAUCAACCAAAACGUCAGGGACGUGGCGUAGGGCCGUAGGGUCAGAAUGGCGGCCCACCAGCGGCUGCCAUUACCACUGCAUCGCCGGGGGGGCGGGGGUCAGACUCGUGACGUCACACACCACGCACGCGCACAACAUACAGCUGUGUAACGUCCACACUGCUAGUACUACAUUGGGUUGUACGCAACGUAAAUCUCCAUACGAAUACGCGACUAUGGUUUGCACUAAGUACAAGGACAGAGUCAGGAGACUAUCAGGCUUGGGCAUGCAGAUAUCACCUGUUUUAGAGGACCCGGACCGCGCGUGCCGCGUGGCUUGCCAGGACGAGCGCGUGGCGCACAGGUUCUACCUCGUCAACGGGCAGGAGGGGUGGUUUCCCUUGGGAACUGCGUGCGGGAAGAUGAACACCUCGUAUUGCGUUAGUGGGAAAUGCUUGGAGUUCGGCCCCGACAACACCCCCCUGUCGGAGAUGGUGCUCAGGCUGCCGCUGCUGGGCAGGAGCAGGAGCAGAACCAAGCGCAGCUUGCUGCGUCCGCGCCUCGCGGUGAAGGCCACACUCGACCAGGGACAUUUGGAGGAUCUCAUCGCGAGGUUGAAUCUCACAUUAAACGCCAACGAACACGUGACAUAUCACGACGCGAUUCCGGACAACAUCGAGCUGGACUUCACCAACCCCGUGCACGUGGCGCCCGAGGACACGCUGCUGAGGAAGAAACCAAGACCCACUUGGGAUUAACUGUCUCUCUUUCAUGUGAGCACAUUCACGGUUCUCCUCAGCCGUUGAGCGUCGGAGCCCAGAGUCCGCUUAGACUUUGCAUGAAUUACCGUUCCCAUGCAAUUAAGUAAGAGUUGUUUCAACUACGUACCUACCUAGUUUGUUUAGGUACUUCAAAAGAGAUAAAUAUGUUUUUUCAUUGAAAUAUAAUUACAAUCUGUAUAUUUCUAUUUCCACCAAGGUUAACUAGUAUAAAAUUGGAUCACUACCUAUCACUACAUAGUAUAAAACAAAGCCACUUCCCGCUGUCUGUGCCUAUGUAUGCUUGAAACUUUUUAUUCGAUAGUAUGAUUCCUGAGGAAGCUUUAGGUAUAAAAUUUAUUGUGGUUUUACGCGAGCCAAGGGCGCUAAUUUGCGAGAAAUCAAACUUUAAGUCGACCAUCUAAUAUUAUAAAUGCGAACAUCUCUAUGUCUGCCAUGAAACCUCAUGAGUAAACUGCUGGGCCGAUUUUGAUGAAAUUUGUAAUAGAUAUAGUUAAUGACCAGAGGUUAAAUACAAACGCGGACAGAACAGUAGACAACAGCUAAUUUUAUAUAAAGCUUUAGAUAGUUAUGACAAUAUGUGAUUUAUCUCUCUAUGUAUAGUCAAAACAAUGAUUGAAUUUAUUUAGUUUCCACGUGAGCCGACUGUACAAUCCUUGUGAUCUAGUAUUUAUUUAGUUAAUUGUACGUUAGGUUAAGUAGGUAUUCAUUUUGGAAUAAACGUUUACAAUAUUUUCAUAA